GCCUUGUGUUUCCCGGGCUGGCAGCGCCAUCUAGCCUGUCGCCUAUGUUUGGAUGAAUAGCACACAAGCAGAGUCUUAAAAAAUACGUGUGUAAAGUGUCAGUUGAACGGGAGUUGGAAUUUGUGCAUUUUAUUUAUUAAAAAGGGAAAAAUCUCCACAGUUAACGAGUGAUAUUAGCGUUAAACCCUCUGACCAGGAUUGAACGUGAAGACACGUGAAUCACGUAUGACUAAAAAAUUUUUGGGAAGAUGUACGAUGGAAUAAUCUUACCUAAGCUUCCCGCUAACGAGGCUUGAGUCAUUGUUAAAAUAAACAUCAAACUGCAAAAUAAGAAGUGAGCAAAAUCAUAAUCAUGGAGCAAGACACAGAACCCGUUCCAGUGACUAAAGACUCGAUCGUUCCUAGUUCUAUUGAAGCUCAACCAGAAGCCGAGACAGAUGUAAUGUAUAAAAAUACCAAACCGCAGGAAAACGAUGGUCUUACAGGCUCGGAAAAAGCUAUAGCAACAAUUGACGAUAUAAACAAAGAUCCCGUACCCCCUGAAAGCGGUGAGAUUAAUCUAGAAGAUAUUCCUAAACAUGAUGCAGAUACUGCAUCUGUUCCUAAGCUAGUUGAUUCGAUAAAAGAUGAGAAAUUGAUUAAGUCAUCUAAUGUAACUGACCUAGUGUUUGACGAGAAUGUUGAAUCCAACGAGAAUUCCCUUAGCUUAAAUCCUCUUGACUCGGAGUGGAAAGAUACAGAUGUGUCUAUGACGUGUGUAAAUGAAAAUCCAACUUCUAAAGCAGAAGAACCUACUCUAGUUUGCAAAUCUCCGAAUUUAGAAGAGACGUCCGAGCCAGAGAAGUCAAAUUUCGACACAGUAGAGGAGAGUUCAAAACUACCAUCCCCCGAAAAAUCAGAUAGUUCUGAUGUAGAAAAGGCUUUAGAUACUUGUGCUGACGAUACAGCGAUGGAUAAAGAAUUCGAAUCUGAAAAAUCUGUGGACAAAACAGAGGAGACUUCGAAACUCCCAUCCCCUCAAAAAUCGGAUGAUGAUCCUGAUGUAGAAAAGGCUUUAGAUACUUGUGCUGACGAUACAGCGAUGAAACAAGAACCUGAUUCCAACGAAUGUGUGGACAAAGUAAAAGAGAAUUCAAAACCUUCAUCCCCUCAAAAAUCAGAUAGUUCCGAUGUAGAAAAGACUUUAGAUACUUAUGCUGACGAUACAAAGAUGGAAAAAGAACCUAAUACCGAAAAAUGUGUAGAGGUAGAUAUAACGCAACAAAAAGUAUCUGAGCCUGAUGAAUCACUUUGGGAUUCGAAAGAUGGCGGGGGUGGUGAAACUCAGAAAAAACCUGAAGCCACUGAAAGUGCUGUAGAUUGUGAUACAAAAAAGUUGGAAUCGGUAAAUUCAGAGUCUAGUCUUGAUGACCAGGAGAAAGAUACGCUGGCAGAAAAGAACGUGUCUGUUGUAGAGCCUGAGAAUACAGAGUUUGUGCAAAUAUCGCAAGAGGAUAAGCAUGACGAAUCUCACAUAGAAAAUCAGUCCAUAGAUAAUGCAGAAGAUCCAUUCGGCGGUGAUAAUGAGAACUCGGAACAUCUAGACGACGAUAAUAUGGAGUCUGAUAAUCUUGACGGCGAAAUUGCUGACCUUCAGAAGCUUGGGGACCAAGCUGAUAACCUCCAGGAUGUAGUCAAAGCUAAAGACAACUUUCAGCCAGACAAAUCUAAAGAUGAUUUGAGCAAUGAAGUACAGAGUAAAGCUGACAGUAUCGACCCUGUGGCAGAUGUUAUAUCCGAUAACACUGUUGACGAAACAGCAAAAGUGGAGGAGUUAGUUACGACUCCUUCGAUUGAGAAUGAGGACAAAUCGGAGGAAAACCACAAAGAGGCUGUUGAAGAACGAGAUAGUGGAGAAGCCUCUGAAGGAAAAGAAAUCCCUGGAGAUGAGGAGACCCAGAAAGAUGGUAAAGAAGGAGAGAAACUUUUGGCUAAGGCAAGCCUUCCACCUUUAGAGGCUGAAGACAUGUCACCUGAAGUUCUUCCUGGACAGGAUGAUGAACUAUGUAUUAUUCCUGAUAGUAUGAAGGUCAUUUUGCCGGGUGAAACAGCGGAGAAGACGAGCGAAGGCAUAGAGAGUCAGAAAAAGUCAGAAGAAGAAUCAGUAGAGAGCAACGCGGUAGACUUGGAAAAAGUCAUGGAUGACGAUCAGAACGUGACUAUAGUGAAAAAACCAGUUGUAACCAAGGCGAUAUCUGGGCAGCUAGUUCCAAAGAAGGGAAGAAUUGUGACCGUUAAGUCCAAGGGUAGCAAGCCUUCUUCUGCUGAUGUUAUAAACCUAGAUGAUGAUCCACAAAAUUCAGAGUCUGAGGGAACUAAGCAGAAAGAGAAGUGUAAACAAUGCAAUAAAGAGAAGUCGUGCAAAAUAAAGGUGAAGAUCGGUACAGAUUGCUUCAAUGUUUGCUCAAAGGAAUGUAGGAAUUCAUUUAAGGCAGCUAAUAACAAAGCAACAGAUAUUCCGAGCGAUGGAGUUAACUCAAAACGGGAAAAGAGAUGCGCUGGGUGCCUCUUGAUCGUCGAUGCGAAUGACGAGAAAAAUCUUUCCUGGGAGACAAUGGAAUUUUGCAACGAGGAAUGCCUAGGCAAAUUCCAAACCAAAUACGGAAGCUAUUGUAGGAAUUGCAACGGUUCCGUCCAGGCGGUCAGCCUAGGAAAGUACUGUGUACGCUUUGGGUAUGACGUCAGGCAGUUCUGCUGCUCAACAUGCUUAGAGGAAUUUAAAAAAGGAUUAAAAGUAUGCAGCUACUGUCAAAAGGAUAUCAGUUCCGGCACAGAAGGCUUUUUAGCUCCCGUGGGAGAUAAAGGACAGUUUAAAGACUUCUGCACUCAGGAUUGCAUGGAAAAAUAUUCCAGAAUGAGCUCCAGUGAACCUCCGGCAUCAGUGAAAAAGUCUUGCAGUGUUUGCCAACAGGAAAAAAUUGUCCACUGUGAAGUGCAAAUUGAUGGAGGCACUCCCGCAGCAAUAUGCAGCGAUCCUUGUUUUGCGGCAUUUAAAUUCGUGAACAAGGUCGACCCAGAUCAAUGUUCGACAUGUAAAAAAUUCUUCCAAUUGUUGAGUAAAAAGAAUUUUGUUGUCUUCUAUGAAGGAGAAGCGCACAUGUUCUGCAACAAAACGUGCCUCAAUGUUUUCAUAAUAACUAAUAGAAAGAUCGUACCAUGCAACUGGUGCAAAGUUAAGAAGUACAAUUUCGAUAUGAUAAAGAAAGAACUCAAAUCUGGGCAAGUUAUGAUGAUGUGCAGCCUGAAUUGUCUCACCCUAUAUCAAGUUUCCAUUAACGCUGUAUCCGCGAGGAGAAUAAACUGUGACUUUUGUAAAGAGUUCUCACAAGCACAGUACCAUCUCACCAUGUCAGAUGCAACAAUACGAAAUUUCUGCUCGUACAAAUGCGUGAUGAACUUUCAAAGCCAGUACACCAAAUCCCCGAUCACCAUUCCAUCCAGCGACGAUCCAGUACCAACUGGAAAUCCGAAAAGAUCAAUCGCCCAGCAGCGAUCGGUUGUACAACCUAGUCAAAAGCAGCCACCUGACCUUCAGAACAAAAGCUUACCAAUUAUUUCUUCCGUUACAAGUCUUGCCUCAAUUGCAAACGGACAAACUUGCAGCCCGACUACGCAGCAGAAUCAAACCAACAAUAUAGGCACAAAUGUCUCCGUCCAGAGUCAGCCACCUCAAGUCCUUUACACGCAACAAAUCAUAAGUAGACCUGCUAGUCCCACAAAAGUCCACAACAAAGUAACCCAGUGCAAGCCGCUGAUGCACACAAAGGGUGUUUCUGUCCGACCUCACCCCUGCACAAAGUCAACGCAAACCGAAGACACGCCACAAAUUUUGAUACCAAUCCCUGUUCCUAUUUACGUUCCAUUUCCGAUGCACAUGUACAGCAUGCCGUUCCCCGUACCUUUCCCAUUUCCUCUACCCAUUCCAGUUCCAAUAUUUAUUCCCACUACUAGAAAUAGUGCCAAAGGCAUAUUCAAGGAGAUAAAGAGAAUACAGGAGAAGAUACCCGCAGAUCCGUUUGAGGCAGAGCUACUGAUGAUGGCGGAAAUGGUUGCAACUGAGAAAAAACGCAACGAGAGUGAUUCAGAUUCCGAGGACGAUAACAGAGACGACGUUGCCGAUGUACCUGCCAACUCUACCAGCGAUGGUUUUAGUCCUGACGGUGUAGAUUCGAGUCAUGCUUUUGGGGACGACAUGCUUCAAAUGGCAUUAAAAAUGGCUACUGGAGAGCUGGACGAGCCUGCGGUUGAUCUCGAAGCCGCUUUGACCCCAAAUACUAUAACUGCUACACAGGCUCCUCCCCAGCAAGAUUCUGCAAUAGACGGAGAUGUUCAACCUGAGAGACUGAUAACUUCAACUCGUGGCCGAAAACGCAUGGUUCCCUACAAACCACGCUCUACGCCAAGUAAACGUGGCAGAAGAGUGUCUGGGACAAAUGAUAUACCCCUAAUGCCUCCUCCGGAGCCGCAGCUGCCGCCGCAACCAAGAAUCAUGGAACCCAUAGAAAAACCAGAUGCCAACAUGGCUCUAAAAUAUACUUUUGGAGUCAAUGCUUGGAGGCAAUGGGUGGUAGGCAAGAAUGCUGAAUUAGAGAAGCAGAGUACGCCUGCACGGAGAGUGAAAUUAUUUAAAACCGAUCUAUUACAGUUGACUGCUGAUGAGUUGAAUUACUCGUUAUGUUUGUUUGUAAAAGAAGUGAGAAAACCAAACGGCGCUGAAUACGCACCUGAUACUAUAUACUAUUUAUGUUUAGGUAUACAACAAUAUCUAUUUGAAAAUAAUCGAAUAGACAACAUAUUUACCGAUUCUUACUACGAAAAGUUCACAGAAUGCUUGAAUGACGUUGCUAAGAAAUUCUCUGUGUUAUACAAUGACGCUCAAUACAUUGUAACUAGAGUGGAGGAGGAACAUUUAUGGGAAAGUAAACAGUUGGGAGCUCAUUCCCCUCACGUACUACUUAGCACAUUAAUGUUCUUUAAUACGAAGCACUUCAAUCUCGUGACUGUAGAUGAGCACAUGCAGCUAUCGUUUUCACACAUAAUGAAACACUGGAAGCGGAAUCCUGCUGCGCAGCCUGCGGCAGUUGCUGGGAAAGCUCCUGGCUCGCGUAACGUCUUGUUACGUUUUUAUCCUCCACAAUCUGCCUUGGAAGCGAAUUCAAGGAAGAAAAAGGUUUACGAGCAACAAGAGAAUGAAGACAACCCAUUAAGAUGCCCUGUCAAACUUUACGAGUUCUACUUAUCAAAAUGCCCAGAGAGUGUAAAAACCCGAAACGACGUGUUUUACUUGCUGCCAGAGAGGAGCUGCGUACCAGACAGUCCGGUGUGGUAUUCAACGUCUGCUCUAGCGAAAGAGCACCUAAUCAAGAUGCUUUACCGAGUGAAGAUGGUAAAAGAAAUCAACGUCGCUUUAUUGACCAGUUAACUCUUCCAAUUACAUAUAUUUUAUUUUUAUUAAAAAGCCAAUAAAAAAACAUUUUUUUUUCUCAUCGAUAUUAGUUCGAAGUAGCUGAUGAAAACUUUUUGCAUGUUGGUUUUCUUUUUGCCCGCAUCCACAUCAUAACGAUUGAUAAGAUCAGUACGCCUCCGGAUGUCGAUUGAAAAGUGUUAUUAAAGAUUAUCAGAACCGAAAAGCGAGAUUCUUAAUGGAUAAUAUAAUGUGUAAAUUGUCGGAGGUUCAUUUUUUCAAAAUACGACAAAUGCAUAUGGAAAAAAUUCCGUUACAUCAAAUUUAAUUCUAUAAAAAAUGAUUUCACAGAUAUUCAAAUUUGAGAAAUUGUACAAUGAUCGUUCCGGAAUUUUUUGACAAAAUGACGGUAGGUUGACAAAAUUUUGUACAAAAUAUAGUUAUUAAUAGACAAUUUGAAGUAUAUCAAAUUUAUUAUCUGUUGGGUGCGAUUAGGUAGAAAACAGAAAGAAAGAAAUGGAAAUGAGAGAUCGUUUGUGAGAAAACAAAACGUGCAGAUAUGUAUUUAUUGUUAUGAAUUUUCGCAUCACUGUUGUUGUCUGCAUUGUUCAGACCAGACAUGUACAGGAUGAUUUUGCAUAAUGCCUGUUGUAGUUUACUAUUCGUACAACUUAUUUACUUCAUUCAUUAUUAUUCACCAUCAUUUUUUAUCGUUUAAGGUUUUAAGUCAAAUUUAGUCUUUAUCAAAUAGAAGAUGUUAUGUUACAAAACCUGACGUACUAUCACGACAGACUACCAUUCUGUUUUUGAAAGAAGUCAAGCGAAACAGAGUAGAGUAAAGUGAAAAAAAAUAUCGAACUUCGAUCCAUAGACUAUUAUUAUUAUUAUUAUUACUAUUCGAUGUAAACAAAAAUGAGAAAAAGAAAAAAACCGUAUUGCUAGCUGCUACUCCUCGGUGAUGAUGAUAGUGAUUACAGUAGUUCUAACAAUAAACAUAAUAUACUGUAAGUUUACUUCACAGUAUAAUUUAAUUGUAAAACUUAAACCUAAAUAUAGCAUUAUAACAGUUUUGUAUAUAAAAAAAGAGAAAGUCUUGGUUUUAUUUUCAUAUGGAAUG